UGAAGUACAUCAUAUCAUAAUUCUACUCAAAUUUCAAAAAAGUGGAAAAGGAUCAUUUCCCUUGAAGAAAACUACUGAUUCCUCAUCACCCUUUGCAUUUUAUAUCACCCAUUUUCAGUGUAAAGAGAAAACCGAGAGAGAUAAGAGAAGAAACAGAGAGAGAGAGAGGGGCCUCCAUGGAGAGCUAGAGUGCCAACAUUUUGCUCUGUUUCUUUCUUUUUUAGUUUAAGCUAAAUAAGCUUUGAAAGGCUUUCUUGCAGGAAGGGUGAGACAAACCAACUAUAUGGCAAAGAAAACAUGGGCUUUGCAGUGCCUUCUCUUCAUUGGUGGAUGCUAUCUGGUUUUGACAGCAGGAGCUGUGGUGCAAGAGAAGGCAGAGACAGCAAUUCCAAUGACAACAUUGUCACCCCCAGAAGGCAACACUACAUUCCUUGAUGGCACCACAUGGUGUGUGGCUCUUGCCGGGGUCUCUCAGGUUGAUCUGCAGAAUGCAUUAGACUGGGCCUGUGGGCUGGGGAUGGCAGACUGCAGAGGAAUCCAAGACGGUGCGGCGUGUUUCGAGCCGGACACUCUCGUCUCACAUGCAUCCUAUGCUUUCAACAACUACUAUCAAAAGAAUGGGAAUUCUGAUAUUGCUUGCAAUUUUGGAGGAACUGGCACUGUGACUAAAAAUAACCCAAGUUAUGGAAAAUGUGUCUACAGCUCAUCUGGAUCUGAGGUCUCUUCAGCACCUCCAUUGUUGAAGCAUUAUCCAAGCACCACGUGGUGGAAACCUGCUGUGCUUCUACUGCUUUUGUUCUUGGGGGGAGCUGUUAAUCUGGCACUCUUGUAAAAAUUGGUCUAAUCUGCUUAUUCCAAACUAUUCAAAGCCAUGGAAAGAGAGAAGAUUGAGUUGCCAAAAAAAAAAAAAAAAAAAGAAGAA